AUGUCUCAUCUUGGCCUUUUAUUUCUGGGAUGUAUCUUCAUGAUCUCUUAUGCUAAUGCUUAUGGAAACAUUGGAGGAUGGACUAAUGCACAUGCCACAUUCUAUGGAGGCAAUGAUGCUUCUGGGACAAUGGGUGGGGCUUGUGGGUAUGGAAACUUGUACAGUCAAGGUUAUGGGACUAACACAGCAGCACUCAGCACUGCCUUAUUCAACAAUGGCUUGAGCUGUGGAGCAUGCUACGAAAUUAAAUGUGUAAAUGAUCCACAAUGGUGCCUCCCUGGCUUCAUUGUAGUCACUGCCACUAAUUUCUGCCCUCCUGGUGGUUGGUGUGAUCCUCCCAAUCACCAUUUUGAUCUAUCUCAACCUGUUUUUCAGCAAAUUGCUCAAUAUAAAGCUGGUAUUGUUCCUGUAGCUUACAGAAGGGUAAGGUGCAGAAGAAGAGGUGGAAUCAGGUUCACCAUCAAUGGUCAUUCUUACUUCAAUUUAGUCCUAGUGACUAAUGUUGGUGGUGCUGGUGAUGUGCAUUCUGUAGCCAUAAAAGGUUCAAGAACUAGAUGGCAAGCCAUGUCAAGAAAUUGGGGCCAAAAUUGGCAGAGCAACUCCUACCUGAAUGGGCAAAGCCUUUCAUUUGUAGUCACCACUAGUGAUGGUCUCAGUGUGAUCUCAUACAAUGCUGCACCACCUAAUUGGGCCUUUGGACAGACCUACACUGGCAGACAGUUCCGCUACUAACCAACCCUUGUUGA